AUGAAAGGUGGAGGGCUGGGUAGGCCACCGCCUGAUGCUGGCAUUCCACAUGACAUGAAAACGCUUCUGAAUGCAUUCAAAGAAAGAAAUUCAUUGAGAUUGAUCGAAUUCUACGAAGUUGCGGUAAAUUAUGGUCUGAAAGAUAUCUACGCUGGACGAAUGAGUGUUGCUGAUCUAGUUGGGUUCGCUGAAUGCUUACUGAAUGCAGCAUUUGCCUACACAAGGCCGUGUAAAGAGUAUCCGAAUGGACUUGGAGAAGAACAAACCAUAACGGAGCGUAUUUUUGGAAUAUACGUAACAUUUGUGCUUUUUUAUGCUCAACCGAUUGACUACGUUACUAAGAUCCGCAUGCUUCCGGAAGAUUGUGUCAGCAUAGUACAUUUUGCGCAUGAAAUACUGCUUCCUGGCGGGCAUAUUGAUGCUUACGCAUGCUUACAGAGGCUUUUUUGUGAUGGUGCUUUCAGAAUCGUUAUGUCCAUUAAAGAUUACGACCUUUCCAAUCACCGUCGUUAUGAGAAACCGAACCCAGUUGAGUUGUUGGUAGAUGAGGACGAACGAUAUGAGCCGUUGGAAGCAGCAUCUAGUAUCGUGAAGCAUCCAGUUCUCAAGGCCAUGACUUUCGUAGAAAGGAAAAUGGAACAAAAGGAAAUGAUGCUGUUCAAUCGUCGGAUAACUGAAAGAGAGAACGACAAGUUCAACUUUUUGGAUAGGUUACAAAACAUCUAUGCCACACUCGCCCACGAGUUUUACAAAGCUGACAACGAAAUCGAAGAGGAUAUUUUUGAAAAGUGGAAAUGUUCAACUUCCGCUACAGCUCGCAAGAAACAACCAGAGUCUACAACUGCACAAAAGGCACGAAGCGUCAAGGCAGUGGAAAAUGGAGCUGCUCGGGGAAAGAGAAAACUUGAAUCCUAA